AUGGGAGAAGAGGAGACGAAGAACGAUGUGGCCAGCAUCGCUGAUCGUGAACCGGUCGCCCAACCCACUCCCUCACAAAUUGAAAAUGAUUCGCCCCAAAAGCCCACCAAACUCCGCCAAUCAUUCAUCGUUGCAGCAGGCUUCAUGACAAUGUUCAUGACAUGCGCAAUCAUAUUCUCCUACGGCGUGUACCAAGCCAUCUACGAAGAAAUGGCCAAAGACCCCGACUCACCCUUCGCGGGGACCUCAUCAUCAAUUCUAAGUUUAAUCGGCACCCUAUCUAUCGCAAUCAUGUCCAUGGGCGGCCCCUUCGUCAUGACCUGGGCGAAACUCUACGGUCCACAGCCCGUCAUCAUGUCCGGCGGGCUUGUCUUCGGUCUCGGGUGCAUUCUCGCCAGUCUGAGCCAAUAUGUCUGGGAAUUUGCCUUAACCCAGGGCAUCCUCGUCGGUCUGGGGACGUGCAUGGCCUAUGUCCCCACCAUGUCCGUUGUCCCGACGUGGUUUGACAAGCGUCGCGGUCUGGCUAUGGGUAUUGUUAUCUCCGGCUCUGCUUGUGGGGGUAUGAUCUGGCCACCGGUGCUGCGCGCCAUUACCUCGCACAUUGGAUUCCGCAAUGCAUUGCGUAUCUCCGGCUGCUUGGUAAUCUUCUUCGUGCCUCUUUCUGGCUGUACGCUGGGCUGGGAGCCGAAAUUUAAGAACAAGGUGGCUGGCCAGAUAGCCGGGUUAUCGAAGAUGACUGGAUGGAUCAAGGUACCAUUGAUUGACUGGGAAGUGGCCAAAACGAAGAAAUUCGUCGCACAGGCUCUGGGGUGUUUUCUGCAGUCGGCGGGUUACUCCACGCCUCUGUUCUUCUAUGCGGCUUUCGCACAGUCUCUGGGUUAUAGCAGCAGUAUGGCGGAUAAUUUCAUCACGAUUAGCAACGCGGCUAAUUUCGUUUCGCGAAUUGUGAUCGGAUACGCAGCUGAUAAAUUUGGUCGACUGAAUGUGCUCUUCUUGACGACUAUUAUCAGUUCGGUUGUCGUGUUUGCAUUCUGGUUGCCUUCAACCUUUGUCGAUAACACCGUGCCCCAUACUGCCGCCGAUGUCCUGUUUAUCAUCUUCGCGAUAUCAUACGGCUCGUUCGGUGCUGCUUAUAUUUCGCUGUUCCCUGCUAGCUUGAUUGAACUUUUUGGGGUUCAGCAUUUUACUUCGGUUAAUGGGGCGCUGUAUCUUAUUAGAGGUAUUGGCGCGCUACUAGGUACGCCAUUGACGGGACUGUUAUUGUCUAGCCAGUCGGCGUUAUCAGAUCCUUCGAACUACGAGAGAGUUACAAUCACCGUGGGAGUUUUACUUUUUGCUGCAAGCAUGGCGACCCUCUGGGUAAGAAUCGAAGCUUCUUCGGGAAAGGGUUGGAAGUGGAAACUAUAA